AAAUAUUGAAAUGUUUAUUUUUGUAGUAGCUACGAGCGGACAAAUCUCCACGUUAUGACUGAACUGGACUAUAUUCUUACAAUUUUCAACGAGCAAAAAGUAUGGAAAAUGGCCGUUCACACCAAACGCGUUUUUGUGUCCGUCCCGUCCACAAAAUGUAAAAAGGCUGACGUCUUUAACCGUUACGGCGCGUCCAGCUGACUUUUCAGUGCUACCUUUUAUAGAAUUCGUGUCAGGUAAAAAUAAAAAGAAAAAAGACAAAAAAGAACGUCAUCUUUAAACAGGCGUCUCGAGACAUAUGCGUUCUGUUUAUAUCGUCUCGUGAAAUAAUUCGACAUUUAAAUGUCGCGUGUUUUCUAUGGCGCGCAUCAGUGUGGAACUCAAGCGGCAGCUGUCCGGUGUCUGAAUGUACGAGCUACACGAAAGAUACCCGUGGUACGGAGGACUGUACCCCUCACCGCUGUCCCAUGAUGAUCAAUUGAGGAUGGUGGAGGGAACGGACGCCCCUUUGCGGAACAUUUCUACCGGAAAUCGGGACAGCAAGUUUCUCUCUUUUCCCUGGGUGGUCACUCUACUCUCCAGCGUCCUGAUCACUACUAUAAUAGUAGACGUACUGGGCAACCUGUUGGUCAUUGUUUCAGUCUUCAGAAACAAAAAACUCAGGAAGGCAGGUAAUGCUUUUGUGGUGAGUUUGGCAAUAGCAGAUCUGGUAGUAGCCAUCUACCCAUAUCCACUAGUGCUAACUGCUAUCUUCCAUGACCGCUGGAUUGCCGGUGACAUUCACUGCCAAAUCAGUGGCUUCCUAAUGGGUCUCAGUGUUAUUGGCUCUAUUUUCAACAUCACAAGUAUCGCCAUCAACCGCUACUGUUACAUCUGCCACAGCCUUAAGUACGAUAAGCUCUUUUCCAACAAGAAUACAGUAUGCUACGUCAUCCUGGUCUGGGCGCUGACUAUCCUGGCCAUCGUCCCAAAUUGGUUUGUGGAGUCUUUGCAGUAUGACCCACGGGUAUAUUCAUGCACAUUCGCCCAAUCGGUAAGCUCGCUCUACACCAUCACUGUGGUGGUGGUACACUUCAUCCUGCCCAUCUGUAUCGUCGCAUACUGCUACCUGCGCAUCUGGAUCCUUGUCAUACAGGUCCGCAGACGGGUCAAGCCUGACAGUCGGCCCAAGAUCAAGCCUCACGACUUUCGGAACUUUCUUACCAUGUUUGUGGUGUUCGUGUUGUUUGCCGUCUGCUGGGCUCCUCUAAACUUAAUUGGCUUGUCGGUGGCGAUCCACCCUAGACUGGGCCAAGCCAUACCAGAGUGGCUCUUCACAGCCAGUUACUUCAUGGCAUACUUCAACAGCUGCCUAAAUGGAGUUAUAUAUGGAGUGCUAAACCAUAACUUUCGAAAAGAGUAUAAAAGGAUUGUACUGGCAAUUUUGAAGCUUCACUGUUGAAAGUUUUCACAAGGAGACUAGCACUGUGUCUUUCCUAAGGUACAAAAGCUGUUAAAGAGUCACACUUACAUUGGGGAGUAUUGGUGCAUAUAUUGUCAUAUUUUUUUUUUAAAUUAUUAUUACAUUUUGUCAUAACAAAUAUGGACAUAUUUUGAGUUGUCACUAAAUGUACGUGCUUACAAUAACAGAAUGAUAUAUGAAUCUAAGGUCUUUAUUUACAAUAUAUUUUACACAUUAAAAAGAUUUUAUACAAGCUAUGUACAAGUAUCCAAAGCAAAGCAAACCUCCUGAUAAAGAAUGUGAAUUACUAUUUAAAUAACUAAAAGGAAUAUUCCAGGUUCAAUACAAGUUAAGCUCAAUCGAUAGCAUUUGUGGCAUAAUGUUGAUUAUCAAAAAUGUAUUUAAACUCUUCCUUUUCUUUAAAAAACACAAAAGUUGAGGUUAUUGUGAGGCACUUACGAUGGAAUUGAAUGGGACCAAUUUUUGGAGGGUUUAAAGGCAGAAAUGUGAAACGUAUUAUUUAGAAAAGCACUCACAUUAAAAGGGAUAGUUCACCCAAAAAUGAAAAUUCUCAUAAUUUCUUCACCCUCAUGCCAUCCCAGAUGUGUAUGA